AUGGCAGAUACAAAUGCGGAUAUCCAGCCCGAAACGCAACCGGAGCUCAACUUAGAAAAUGUCCUGGGUGACAUCAAAUUUGGAUUGUUGUCGCUGUUCAACAACCCUGAAUUUUCCGCGCCAAUUGCCGUCCUUCUGACCGUCGCAGAGUCGCUUCUCCUCAAGGCCGUGAUCCAUUUUGUCCCCUACACCGAGAUUGACUACAGCACGUACAUGCAACAGAUCGACCAAAUUGAGGCCGGAGAGCUUGACUACGCCAAAAUCAGCGGCGACACAGGCCCAAUUGUGUAUCCCGGCGGACAUGUCUACAUAUACUCGUGGAUGAAGUGGUUCACCAACGGGAUGGACAACGUGUACGUUGGCCAGCAGAUAUUCAGGUAUCUAUAUCUGGCGACAUUUGUGCUGACGCUGGUUGCGUAUUUCCAGACAAAUGUGCGGUUCAAGCCGUACGUGCUCUAUUUUCUGUGUCUAUCCAAAAGGUUGCACUCGAUUUACGUGCUGCGGCUGUUCAACGACUGCUUUGCCACGUUUCUGAUGGUGGCCACGAUCGUGGUUCUGCAGCAGGCGGCAGUUUGGCGGCGCAAGAAGAGCCCUCUAGGCGCGGUGCUCACCUUCUUCAGUGCACAGCUGUUCAGCUCCGCCGUCAGCGUCAAAAUGAACGCUCUGCUGUAUCUGCCGGGCUACUUGGUGGUGGUGUACAUGAUCCUGGGCGAAAACCUGCUGCACACGCUCGCCGUGAUCGGUUUCGGGUGUGCAGUGCAGGCAGGCAUCAACUGGAAUUUCCUGGUCGCCUCGGAGUCCACAAGAGCACAUUUCCUGCAGAACGCUUUCGACUUCAGCCGUGCUUUCCUGUAUCGCUGGACGGUCAACUGGAAGUUUGUGCCGGAGCCCAUUUUCCGCAGCCGCGAGUUCCACACGUCGCUGCUGUUUGCGCACACGGCCGCAUUGACGUUUUUCGCGGUGUACAAAUGGACCAAUAAAUCUGUCACGGGAAAACCAUCCACCAAAUUUAUCAGAGACGCACUGAUUUUUUACAAAAACACCAUUGGCCCCGAAAACGUGAUACUGUCCCCAGAAAGCGGCAGAUACAUUUUCUGGGUGAUGGCGACGUCGAACCUGAUCGGCGUCCUGUUCGCGCGCUCGCUGCACUACCAGUUCUUGGCCUGGUAUAUGUACUCGCUGCCAAUGCUGCUGCAGCUGGGCGGGCUGCCGUGGUACGCACAGACGGCGCUCGUGGUGGUCCACGAGUGGUGCUGGAACGUGUAUCCAAGCACAGCGGCCAGCUCGGCUACCCUGGUGGCAGUGCUUGCGACAGUCGUUUUGUCGCAGCUCCGGUGUGGCUUCGGCAAACCAAAACAGGAAUAA